CCAAACCUCAUGAGUAGAACUUCACGGUACCUUUUUGUAAUUUCCCAAUUUUGUUACGGUGAGCUAUAGAAGCAGGAACAGCCGAGCAGCAGAGCUUUUCACUCUCCAGUCUUUCUUCGUCCUCAAAGAGAAGCGGGCAAGAGAGCACGAAAACAUCAUCCAGAAAGCGGUGUGUGUGAACUGAAGUAUAAAUAAUAUCAAAACCAAAAUGGCUCUCUCCAUCUCCACAUUUCAGCCCCAAAAAGUCUCCUUCAAAUCUCACCAUCAAAAACAUCCGUUUCGUUUAUUUCCCACUUCAAUCUCAAUCCCAAACCCUAGCACUAGCUUACCAAUUUUCCCCAUUUGCCAAUCCACCAGGUCUCAGACUGGACCGGUCAAGAAACGCUCCUCUUCCUCUUCCUCUUCUUCUUCCGCCUCUGCUAGCCAGAAGAAGAAGAAGAAAAGAAGCAAAACUGGCGGCAGCGAUAACCUGAGGGAUGUCGAAAUCGUUAAAGACGAGGUAGCUGAUGAUAAUAAUGAGGAUUCGUACUCAAAUUCUAGUUCAAAUUCGAGGUCAUUGUCGUACAUUCCGAAUACGCCACUGCCGAAGCCGCCGGCGGGAUUCGUGUUGGAUGAAAGUGGGAGGGUUCUCAUGGCUUCUAACAAGCGGAUUGCUACCAUCGUUGAUUCCUCCAAUAAUUAUCCAUUAGAAUGCAUCAUAAGGAGAGUAUUUAGAAGUUCACAAGGGGAUGAGUGCAUGCUGCUAUGCCCAGUAGACACGCCUGUGCAGAUAUUAAAGAGCAAGAAUAUUGAUGGGUGGUCAGCUGUCAGUGAUGAAGAAGCUGAAGCUAUUCUUCCAGCUGCAGCAUAUGCUCUUGCCAAGAUACACAUGCACCUGGUACAUAGCGGAUUCUGUUAUACAGCAAGGGGGGGAUUUUGUUACUCUGAAGAUGACAUAUUUGAUUUCCGCACAGAUGAUGGUCAAGAUGUAGAUGGCUUGCCAACUGAAGGUGUAGAAAUUGCAUGCUUCCAUCUGGAUGGUGCUCAUUACAUGAUUUAUACACCAUCUGACCCACUUCUCUUUGUUGCUGUCAAGAGCAAGUUCAUACAACCUCCAUGGUAGCCACAAAAUGUGGAAACAAUUCCGGAACUAUGACAAAUCUGGAACUAUGUGAAUCGAAUGUUCUAAGUUUCAUCUUUGAAAACCUUCGAUUUGCUUCUCCCUUCAAAAACUAAUGCAAUUGUCCAAAAUUGUGGCUCUACAAAUGAUUAGAUGCAAUGAAAGGGCUGGGUUGCUUUGAUCGUCAUUGGAAUCGCUGGAAACAAAGGUUGUAGUGACUGGUUGUCUUCUUCGUCUUCUUUAGUUCUCGAAGGCAAAGAAUGGAUUUAAUUUUUGUUUUUGCUUUUCUUUUUCCAGCUGAAAAUAUAUCCUUUAGUUUAAUUCUCAUUUAACAUCGUGUAUAAAGCAAACGCUUAACUACUGUAAAGAAGUUCUCAAUGUAAAUAAAUAAAUAAAAGUUCAAGGAUGCAAAUUGAUGAAAUAAAUCUAUGGGGGAUUCCAUAAAAUAGAAAAGUUCAGAGACCAAAUAAUGUGUUUUGCCAAACUAAAAAACAAUUAGGUAUUGUAAAUAUGAUUCUUUAAAAAUCACUGUACUAUUAUACUAUUUCAUUACCUUUUUUAGUUAAUAAUUGGUUAUUGCUUUUUUUUUUUAAUAUUCUUUUGACAUUUUGAUUUUAAGAUGAGCAGUAUAACUAAAAUUUUCUAAGUAUGCUUUCUUCUAUUUGUGCUAAUAUAAUAUGUUGAAAAUUGUACUCGUUUACUUCAUUAUACCCGAGGAGGUUAUGACAAAAUUUGUUACCCUAAUGUUACUUGACAGUUG